AUGGGAUCGCCCCAGCUCCCCAAAACCUACAAAGCCAUUGUAGUCGAGGCGCCGAACCAGCCCCUCAAGCUCAAAGACGUCGAACUCAAACACCCACAAGAAGGCCAAAUCCUCGUCAAGGUCGCCGCCUGCGGCGUCUGCCAUGCUGACGAAAUGGUACGCGCGGGGAUAAUGGGGCCGGGACCCCUCGUCCCCGGGCACGAAAUCAUCGGCAAAAUCGUCGCUCUCGGCCCCAACACCUCGCAGCGCUGGCGGGUCGGCGACCGCGUCGGCGGCGCCUGGCACGGCGGCCACGACGGCUCCUGCAAAGCCUGCAACCGCGGCUUCUUCCAGGCCUGCGACAACCAGGCCAUCAACGGCGUCACCAAGGACGGCGGCUACGCCGAGUACUGCCUCUUGCGGAGCGAGGCUGCCGUGCGCAUCCCCGACGACGUCGAUGCCGCUGAAUACGCCCCUUUCCUUUGCGCGGGCGUUACUGUUUUUAAUGCUAUCCGAAAAAUGCACAUUACCGCUGGCGACACGGUCGCUGUUCAGGGCCUUGGUGGCCUUGGUCAUCUGGCUUUGCAGUAUGCUCGCCGCAUGGGGUACCGCGUCGUCGCUGUGUCGAGCAGUGCUACGAAGCGCGAUUUCGCGUUGCAGUUGGGUGCGCACGACUACGUGGACAGCAGCAAGGAGGAUGUAGCGCAGGCUUUGCAGAAGAUCGGUGGCGCGGCGUUGGUGGUUGUGACGGCGCCGAAUAAAGACGCAGUUGGAAACGCAGUGGGGGGUUGUGCGGCUGGGGGAAAAGUGCUGGUCCUUGCACCGGCGGGUGAGAUCCCGGUGAAUACCGUCACGAUGAUCAUGAAGGGCAUCAGUGUUUGUGGCUGGCCGUCCGGUCAUGCACUCGAUUCUGAGGAGGCGAUUGCGUUCGCCCAGCACCAGGAUGUCAAGUGCAUGGUGGAGAAAUUCCCGCUAGAAAAGGCACAGGAAGCUAUGGAUCACAUGCUCAGUGGGAAGGUGAGGUUUAGGGCGGUCCUGACUAUGGAGUGA